CUGAAAUUGCUACGCAGCACGAUCCCAUCAGUUUCCCAGCCUCCGCAAAUCCCAACGUUACCAGGACGUCCUCCACUGACCAGCAGCCGGCUCCUCCUUCAAUCACAGACCUACAGCUCUCGCAGGCCACCAGAAGAAGCAGCAGCAGGAGCAGCACCAGCAGUUGUAAUUGUUGCCAAGAUUCCGCCAAAAACACUGUGCUGCCCGGCUACCAAGACGGCAUCCAGCGCCGGACCUAUGUCAGUGCUAAGCCAUCUCCUCCAGAACUUCAACCAGAAAGCCCAGACCAGGAGCCACCACAACAUAGAGCUGAUAAAUUCGUUCAUAACAUAACGACAAGCCAUUCGCCGCCGAUAGCAAGCGAUCCAAAGUUAUCCAAAGUUAGGGAGAAAUUUGCAAACAUUUUUUACCGGAAGAGCAGAAAAAAGAAAUUAAAUCAAGAGAAAAUGAAUUUACAUGUGUGCGCCUUAGCGCUGCUGCUGUUCGGCAGCAUCGCCAGAGUCCACGGCAGGGCCGUGGACAUUGUGGACGACAGCAACGAUGUGGACAACUCCAUUGAGACGGAAGCGGAGCCGGUGCAGGAGGAGAAGCCCCGCAAUCGAGCUUUUGAUGCCGAUUGGCUCAAGUUCACCAAGACGCCGCCCACGAAGAUGCUGCAGGCGGAGGGAGCCACCGUUGAGAUUGUGUGCGAAAUGAUGGGCUCCCAGGUGCCCAGCAUUCAGUGGGUUGUGGGUCAUCUGCCACGCUCAGAGCUCGAAGACCUGGAAUCCAAUCAGUUGUCCGAGGAUGCUCCCAGUGCCAUCGUUCGUGUGCGUUCCGUGCACAUCAUUGAUCAUCCGCUGAGCGAAGCCCGCACCUACACCUGUGUGGGUCGCUCCGGCUCCAAGACCAUCUUUGCCAGCACUGUGGUGCAUCCACCCCGCUCCUCGAGGCAUGUGGCCGAGAAGACAUAUCCGGGUGCCCAGAAGCCGCGCAUCACCUACACGGAGAAGACGCAUCUGGAUCUGAUGGGCUCCAAUAUCCUGCUGCCCUGCCAGGCGCAUGCUGUCCCAAGGGCCGAGGUCACUUGGUUCAACAAUGAGAACAAGGAGAUUGUGGGAGGACAUCGGUUCAAGGUCCUGCCCACGGGACAGCUGAUGAUCGCUGACAUCAAGUGGGAGGAUAUGGGCAACUACAAGUGCGUGGCCCGCAAUGCCGUUGGCUUUGAUACCGCCGAUACCUUCGUGUAUCCCGUACUUAAGGAGCAAGACUAAAGAUCCCACCA